AUGAAAUAUUCAAUGAAAUGUUUAAAAAAUUUAAAUCUCAAUGCUCCAACCGAUGAUUUCUUUUAUCAGACAGCAUUUCCAAUCCAAUUUGCUGUAACAAUUAUUGGUAAUACGUUAACACUAUCAGUGCUACUCAAACAAAGUAUGAGAAAUAGAGCAAAUCAUUUAUUGGCAGCAUUAGCAUUAGCUGAUAUAGCCGUAUUCAUCUUUAUGCUACCCACAAGUUUAUCAGCAUCACAACGAUUUUAUGAAAGCACAACAUUUCGCACGAUUUUUGCGCAUAUAAAAACACAUUUUGCAGCUUUAGCAAAUUGGUUCUCUUGUGCUGCUAUAUGGAUUGUACUUGCUGUUUCUGCUGAACGAUUAUUGAUAAUCAAAUUUCCAUUCAGAUCACUGAAACAAUAUCAUGCAGUGGAAUCAUUCAUUAUCGUAACUAUAGUAUUCGCAUUCACAUUGAUAUUAACAGGCUAUCAUCAUUUUUCUUAUCGUUGUGCUGUUCUAUGGGUAUGCAAUAUGACACAGGUAUAUGUGAAAUGUUUACCGGUAACCUGGAAUUGGACGGAAUUUGGUUUAGUACCAUAUUAUCAACCAUCCAAUCAAUUUAUUUUUUACAUCAAUAUAAGUGUUAUUGCAAAUGCUUUUAUUGGUGUUAUCAUUCCUGUAUUUAUUGUUGCUUUUCUUAAUGUAUACUUAAUUCGUUUGCUACAAAUUCGAACACAAAAGGCUAAAAACGAAGAAGCAUCUCUUGGGCCAGCAUCGGGGAAUUUUUGCGAACAAGAGCGGAAAAUGACAAUAACAAUUGCAGCAAUAGUAUCAUGCUUUACUAUAACACAGUUACCGUCUGCAAUAUUAUUCCUUUACGAAAAAAUAAUUAGUGAUGCAAAGACGGAAACAUUUGCUAAAAUAUCUUGUAUUACUAAUUCUUUGGUACUUACUGGGAAAAUGUUGAAUGUUGUUUUAUUCUGCUUAACGAGUGCUACUUUCAGGCGGAAGUUAUUUUCCACCAUACGUAUUUGGUAUCGAAAGUGCACUUGUCGGCAAAAGAAAUAUUUACGCCAUAUUAAUAAUCUUAAUCGUUCAGCUACUCAAAAGUCAUCACUUUUUAGUACGAUAUCAUUUCAAAAUCAGAAAUCUCAUAGGUACUCCAAUAAUCGGGGUUGGUCCUUGACAAAAGUGAAUGAUAAAAGUGAAUUCAUACCUGUGACAAAUCGCCGUUGA